GAGAAACGCGUGCGCGCGUUUGACAGCUGCACUGAUGAUAUCGACGAAUGUGCCCGGCGGUAACACAAUCCCGCAGAGCAACCGAGCUAAAAAGCCUAAAAAGAAAAACAAGAAGCAGCGCAGAUCAGCUACAGAGGAGAUUUCUAGCGUUGAACUCGGGCCCCAGGUCACAGGUUCAGAUGAGGUGUGCCACAUCCUCACCAUUCACAGAUCGACAACUCCUGCACAGACACCACCUUCCCCUCCUCUGAAUCUGUCCCAAAGUCCUCCAGACCUUCAGCCGGUGGUGCCAGUUUCCAGCUCGGCUUCUGUCUCACUCCCAGUUAACGUACUUCCAUCUUUCUGUAUACUACCUUCACCAGACACACCUUCAGCUUCCAUACCACCUUCGCCGGGCCUACCUUCAGUUUUGUCUACAACUCCUCCUACUCAGACAGUCCUUUCCGAUCAGACAACUCCACCGCAGGCUCUCAGUCCGCCCCCGCCAGACUAUACUCCACCCCCAGCAGAACUACUUGGGUCAGAUGAUGAAGAACAGGAGAAUCCUGCAGAUUACUGCAAAGGAGGUUAUUAUCCAGUGAAGAUCGGAGACCUGUUUAAUGGGAGAUAUCAUGUGGUCAGAAAGCUUGGAUGGGGUCACUUCUCCACUGUGUGGCUGUGCUGGGAUCUUCAGAGGAAGAGAUUUGUGGCCCUAAAGGUGGUUAAGAGUGCCCCACAUUACACAGAGACUGCACUAGAUGAGAUUAAACUACUUAAAUGUGUUCGAGACAGUGAUCCUAAAGACCCCAAACGUGAAACGAUAGUUCAACUCAUCGAUGAUUUUAAGAUUUCAGGAGUCCAUGGCGUCCAUGUGUGUAUGGUGCUGGAGGUUCUUGGACAUCAGCUGCUUAAAUGGAUUAUUAAAUCUAACUAUAUGGGCCUGCCUCUGGUCUGUGUGAAGAGCAUUCUCCGUCAGGUUUUGCAGGGUCUGGAUUACCUGCACACUAAAUGUAAGAUCAUUCAUACAGAUAUAAAGCCAGAAAACAUCCUGCUGGAUGUAACAGAUGUGUAUGUAAGGCGACUGGCAGCCGAGGCUACACUGUGGCAGAAAGCUGGAGCUCCUCCUCCCUCAGGAUCUUCUGUUAGCACGGCUCCGAGGGACAAACAGUUGGGCAAGUUGUCAAAGAACAAAAAGAAGAAGAUGAAGCGCAAGGCAAAGCGGCAGCAGCGGCUACUGGAUGAGAGGCUCCAGGAUCUGCAGAGGCUGGAGGAGCUAGACGGAGUAGCCCCAUCAGACAGUUGUGGAAACACACGGCCACUCUGGAAGCUCAGUGAAGAGGACGAGGAAGCACAAGUGAACAGUAAUGGGUACCAUGCUUCCGGCACUAAGGGAAGUCCAGAGUCCGGCUCGUCCUGGUGCGAGGACAGCUUUAAUAGUUACGGGCCUUUGCGUUUCUCCAGUCCUGGGUCUGCCCUUUCCGGCACGUCUGGAUCCAUUUUAUCUACUACCUCUGAGUCUGCACUCUCCACACUGUCUGGAUACUCCACAGAGAGAGACAGCCGGAAAUCUGCCCUCUCCCCCAACUCAUUUAGUGCAGCAGAUUUCCUUGUGAAUCCUCUUGAACCACAGAAUGCAGAUAAAAUCCACAUCAAGAUUGCAGAUUUAGGCAACGCCUGCUGGGUGUACAAGCACUUUACAGAGGACAUACAGACACGCCAGUACCGAGCAGUGGAGGUGCUGAUUGGGGCAGAGUACGGCACUCCCGCAGACAUCUGGAGUACAGCAUGUAUGGCGUUCGAGCUCGCUACAGGAGACUAUCUGUUUGAGCCCCAUUCAGGCGAAGACUACACUCGAGAUGAAGAUCACUUAGCUCAUGUCAUUGAGCUUUUGGGCUCCAUUCCUUCUCAUUUCGCUCUCUCAGGAAGAUACUCACGAGAGUACUUCAACCACAGAGGUGAGUUGCGGCACAUCAGUAACCUGAAGCCGUGGGGUCUGUUCGAGGUGCUGCUGGAGAAAUACGAGUGGCCGUUGGAGCAGGCAGCUCAGUUCAGUGACUUCCUCCUCACCAUGUUAGCGUAUGUUCCAGAGAAAAGAGCUACUGCAGCAGAAUGCCUGCAGCACCCCUGGCUAAACUCCUAGCAAAAAAAAUGCACUUCUCACUGUCUGUGCAGUUUGUGUUGGAGGUCAGAUAGGUAAGCGGUUCACAGGUACACACCCAGUUUAGUGUAGUGACGGAACCAGACAGAAGGAACAGCAGCAACGUGAGCACACCACAUUCGUAGAUAGAACCUCAUCUGUUGUUUUUAUAUGAAUAUUUAAAGAAGCUUUGAUCGCUUCAUGGUGCAGAGGAAAUGUGAUGUCUGUAACCCAUCACCAGUUUUCAUCAUACGGUCAUUUCAAUGUGUAGGAUGGUCAAAUGUUUAUAUGUUACAAUAGUGCCUUGACACCCUAAGAUAAAAAUGGAAAUGUUUUAAAAAAGAAAAAAGCAGACUUCUCCUUUUUAUAUUUGUUGGCAGUGUGAGGAAUGCUUGUUUGUGGAACUACAGCACUAUACAUAAAGAUAGAAUAAAGAGAUUCAUUAUUAAAGAUGUGUUUUACUGACAAAUAAACUACUGAAAAUCAGAUGCCACACAAGCAGACAUCUUGUAAUGACUUUCCUGUGCAUGUAUGUUUGGUUCGGUAAGCAAAGCAGCACUAUCAUUUUAACACAAUGAUGGAGUGAAAUUUUACAGGGUU